UCGCCACUGAACAUUCUGAUUGGAACGGAAGGGACGACACCCGUCAUCCGUAACUUGGUGAGGGACGUGGCUCUCGAGGGAACAUCACCUAACCGAGAGGCUGUACGCGAGAUAACCAGGGCCAAUGUUCGACAACGACUUCUGGACAACCAGUUUAAACAAGACGAGCAUGUGAAUCGCCACAGACGCCCACCGCGUUUGUUUCAUGUUAACGAUUUGGUAUUUGUGAUUAAGUUCUCACAGGUAACCGGGAAACUUGACCCUGGUAUGCGUGGGCCGUACAAAGUGGUGAAGACCUUACCGGGCGGCCGCUACGAAUUGAAACUUCUGAGCGGAGGCCGUGGGAAGCUCACGCAGGCAGCUGCGCAGCAUAUGGUUGCUUGGCGCGGCGAAUGGUGUCCGGAGUCGUGCGCUGCUUUCUUCGAGAACGACGGAGUUGUGGACACCGAAAUAGCGCUACCCAACGCACUACCAUCGAUGCCACUACUGGACUGCGAUAGGGAGACUGAACAAGCUGCGAUUGCCGGACCCUCAUCCAGAACUCCCCUAGUUAAUGACCAGGUCGAGGACGACCUAUCAUCAGGAGAGGCCGUAUAAGCGUAACCCCCCACUGAUCGAUCGUAGCACCUCCGACUUCUAUAAAAAGCAUCGCGCGCCAGUUUGGCGGACAUUUGCUCGAGAGACGUCGAAGCCUACGGAUCGGUAGAGGACUACGUUCCAGGUCACGUGAGCCAUUUUUGUUCGAUAUUUUCCUGUUUUUCUGUUGCAUUUUCAAGCGAGGUUAUUUUGUUUUUGUUUCUUUUUUUCUGUAUUUAAGUG